CUUGUAUAUCUUCUGAAAAAGCGAAAGGUUCUGUUUGCUGGUUCAUUUAAAUGCGCACAUAAAGAUUCAGAGGAAAAAAAAUAAAGCAUUCAAAAUUUUGGCGCCUGGAGCUGUUUCCUUUCUGAUACCUUUGGUGACUGCUGGUCUUUAAUCUAGACGCUACUGCGCGACAAAUAUCGUUCGGGUUUUGGUUUGCGAAACUAUGGAAUCUUACAAUCUGAGGUCUGUGUUGGAGUUACCAGUUCCUUUCAGACCAACCUUCAAUUUCAGCUCUUUAAUAUUAUGCUCUUCGAAUGGCUGGCCGUAGAUAUUUCAAUUCUCUGCAGAGUGAAUGCUUUCCUUGUUGUUUCCACUCUGAUGUAAACAUGGUCGUUUCUGCGCCAACUGGAAGCGGUAAAACAGUGCUGUUUGAGUUGUGCAUUUUGAGGCUUCUCUCAAGGUUUCUUUCAACUGAUGGGACAUUCAUCCAUGUGAAGGGCACCCUGAAAACGAUCUAUGUAGCACCUUCCAAAGCUUUGGUACAAGAGAAGCUUAGGGAUUGGAAUCGGAAGCUAGGUGCAUGGGGCAUAAAUUGCCUUGAAAUGACUGGGGACAAUGAUUCUUAUAAUACGAGGAACAUUCAAGAAGCAGACAUAAUUCUAACAACUCCGGAGAAGUUUGACGCUGUUACUCGGUAUAAAAUAAAAGAUGGUGGCUUGAGUUUUUUCAGUGACAUAGGACUUGUAGUCAUCGACGAAGUUCACCUACUGAAUGAUACACGUGGUGCUGCUUUGGAAGCAAUAGUCAGCAGGAUUAAAAUGCUUUCUUGUAGACCUGAAAUGAACUCAAGUCCUCUGGCUCAUGUACGUUUUAUAGCCGUUUCAGCCACAAUCCCAAAUCUGGAGGACCUAGCGGAGUGGCUAGUGGUUCCUCCUGAAGGAAUGAAAAGGUUUGGUGAAGAAAUGAGACCUGUAAAGCUAACUACCAAAGUAUUUGGGUAUGCUGCAGCCAAGAAUGAUUUUCUCUUUGAAAAGCGACUCCAGAAUUACAUCUUUGAUAUACUGAUGCAAUUUUCUAGAGGAAAAUCUGCUCUAGUUUUCUGUUCUACCAGAAAGGGAGCACAAGAGGCGGCACAGAAGAUCUCUCAGACAGCCAUGAGCUUUGGCUACUCAAAUCCGUUCAUCAAAACAAACGAGCAGCAGGAGAGAUUAAGAGAGGCAUCAUUGUCAUGCAGUGACAAACAACUUCAGUCAUACAUUCUCUAUGGUGUUGGUUAUCACAAUGGCGGUCUUUGCAUGAAGGAUAGAAACCUUAUUGAGAAUCUUUUCCUUAACGGUGAUAUCCAAGUUCUAUGCACAACAAACACUCUAGCACAUGGAAUCAACCUACCGGCACAUACAGUGGUGAUCAAGUCCACACAGCACUACAACAAGGAAAAAGGCACCUAUACAGAGUAUGACAGAUCCAUUGUUUUACAGAUGUCUGGUAGAGCUGGCCGUCCACCUUUUGAUGAUACAGGACUGGUUAUCAUAAUGACAAGAAGGGAAACAGUACAUUUGUAUGAAAAUCUUUUGAAUGGAUGUGAGGUUGUAGAAUCACAAUUACUUUCUUGCAUCACGGAGCAUCUGACUGCGGAAAUAGUACAACUAACUAUCCCUGACAUUACACGGGCAAUCGAAUGGAUGAAGUGUUCAUAUUUGUAUGUCAGGAUGAAAAAGAACCCAGAGACUUAUGCUGUUCAGAAGGGGAUUUCUAGAGACCGUAUAGAGAAGCAUAUGCUAGAUAUUUGUGUUCAGAAAGUUAAUGAGUUAUCAAGAAACCAGUUGAUCUGGACUGAUGAAGACGGUUUCCUAUUGAAGCCACUUGAACCUGGAAGAUUGAUGACGAAGUACUAUUUGAAAUUCGACACAAUGAAAUACAUUAUGCAGACUCAAUCAAACUGCAGUCUAGAAGACGCACUUCAUACUGUUUGCCGAGCAGAGGAGUUAUCUUGGAUACAACUUAGGCGCAAUGAGAAAAAGCUUCUAAAUGAUGUCAAUACUGAUAAAGAUGGCCGGCUUCGUUUUCACGUACUUGGAGACAAAGGAAAAAAGAAAAAGCGCAUUCAGACAAGAGAAGAGAAGAUUUUUGUCUUGGUCAAUGAUUGCUUGACUGGAGAUCCUCUGGUCCACGAUUUAUCCCUAAGCCAGGAUGCAAAUUCUAUAUGCUCAAAUGGGUGUAGAAUUUCCAAGUGCAUGAAAGAGUACUUUUUCUUUAAAAAGAACUACAGAGGAGCAAUGAACUCGAUUGCUCUUGCAAAAUCUAUGCAUCAUAAGCUGUGGGAUAGCUGUCCUUACUUAUUGAAGCAAUUACCUGGCAUCGGAAUGGUGACAGCUAAGGCACUGCAUUCUAUGGGAAUAACUUCAUUUGAGACCCUGGCUGAUGCUGAUCCAAGGAGAAUAGAAAUCGUUGCCAAUCGGAAAUUCCCGUUUGGAGACCAUAUUAAGGAGUCUCUACUUUCUUUACCCCCAAAAGUUGAGAUGAGGAUUGAGGCAACUGAAGGCCAGAGGCAAGGGCAGCUCAAAAUGGCAUUAACUUUGACUAGGCUGACACAGUCCCAAUCCAACAAACGACAUUAUGCUGACAUGGUUGUUGGUGUGGAAGAAGAAAAUAUGAUUAUCUACCACGAGAAAAUCAGGGUGGAUGACUUUCUCAGCCCAUACCAGACGACAGUGGUUUUACCAAACCAUCUACAAGGCAAAUUAACUGUUAAGGCUGAUCUGAUUUUUGAAGAAUUCAUUGGUAUUGAUCUACACCACAAGGUUGAGCAUAUUGAAGAAAUCAAGUCAAAUGUGACUGUUAGACUUGGAACCAAGAGAUCAACCGCCGUCCUACCUCUUACAGAAGUUCCUCUGCUCAAAGGAACAAGGGGAAGUGCAAAACAAGCUAAGCAGAAAUCCAUCCUAAACAAAAGCAAUAAAAAAAUUGACGAGAUGCCCUCUUUUAAGCUCAUGGAUGACGAUUUAGAAGAAGGAAUUCUUGCUGAUAAAGCUGAUGAGGGUGAUUGCACGAUCAUAUCUGGGCAUACAAUCUUUGAUCACAUUCGUAAAAAGGCCAAAGAUUUCCCUGCUGUGAAAAAAUCCAGUGCCAUUCACUUUCCUACGUCAGUAAUUUCAAACACUUCAGAAAGACAAUAUUUGGGCCAUCCUGACAUCAAUGAAGAUGCUACUGUUGAUCAUGACACUACUACUGAUGUUUUAGAGUCCACAGGAACAGUCCAUCCUCAUAGAGAAGUAAACAAAAAAGGAUUCCGUAGACUGGAGGAUAUACUUGAUCAUGUCAGGAAGAGGUCAAAAAUAUUACCAGUGAUCAAUAAACCAAACACCAAAGAAGGGUCCUUUUCUGGAGUACUAUGGAACUUUUCUGACGAGGAGCAAACUACACCGAGCCAUAUGAAUGAUGUGAAACUAAUCAAAACACACUCAAACGAACCUACAGUGGGUUCCAUGACCUUUACAAAUCCUGAAACAAUUGAGAAUGAGUACAAUGUAUCCUCGCCUGCUGGAACCUUCAAGGACAAGAGGCAGGCAUUUUCGACUUCAAAAAGAUCGUUGGAUCUUCCUUUUGAGUUCUUCAGCAAUCAACCCAGCAGAACGGCUACUCUCAAACCAUCUUUCAACUACUCAAUGCCAAGGAAAGAUAUUCAGUUUGAGUCUAAAAGCAGUAACAUAUCAAACCAUAUCCAGUAUGAGCCUCCAGCAGGUGAUUCUGCAGUGCCUAAAAGCAGUAGCAUACUAAAUCAUGUGAUGGAAGCAAAUAGAAGUUGUUCACUUGAAACUGGGGACAGAACCAGGAAUGGCAAUUCAUUUCUCGGAUUCAAAAGUGUCUUCUCAUUUCUCUGAUUCUCGUCGAAUUCAGUUCUUGGAUCCAACUGCAUGUUUUCACUUUCUCAGUGAGGUAAUAUUUCUGCCAGAUUAAUGUAGGCUGAUCUUGACCAAAUGUAUGCCUUAUUGACGUUAUUGUACAUUACAAGUUACACGGUAACUAACUUCCCUCUAUAGCUCUUGGAAGAUUAUUGAGAAGGCUUGUGACUUGAUGAAACUUCCAUUCACAGUGUUUUGGGGUGUUCGGAAAAAAGUUGUUACUUUGACUAGCUAAUAUAGAAAUGGUUUGUGAUUAGAUUUCUCAAA